AUGGCGCCGCCCGACAUCGCCCUCAAAAAGCGCCGCACCCGAUCCGACUACCUCUACCACCAAGUGCACCGAACCAGAUGGUUCGACAACGACAUGUACGCCCACCUCAACAACACCGUCUACGCGACCCUCUUCGACAGCAUAAUCAACACAUACCUGAUCACCCACUGCGGGAUGGAUCCAUUCAGCAUCAACAACUCCAGCCCCAGCCCUACACCCCCCUCCCCAUCCUCCCCAUCCUCCUCCCUCACAGCCACAACCACAACCACAACCACAACCCCCUCCCCCUCCCCCUCCACCCCCGCCUCCCAAGUCGGCAUCAUGGUCAACUCCUACUGCGACUACUUCGCCUCCGUCUCCUUCCCAGACAUCCUCGACCUGGGUCUGCGCGUCACGAAACUCGGGUCCAGCAGCGUCACCUACGAGGUCGGGGUAUUCAAGCAGGGCGAGGAACAGGUGAAGGUGGUCGGGGGGUAUACGCAUGUUUUUGUGGAGAGGGGGAGUAUGAGGCCGACUAGGGAGGGGAUGGAGGGGGUGGUCAGGCGAGGGUUGGAGGGGUUGCUUGUGAAGGAUAAUGUUGUUGGAGGGGGUGGGGGUGGUUCUGAUGCUGCUGGUGCUGCUAGUGCUGCUGGUACUGGUAGGGGAAGAGCGAAGUUGUGAAUUCUUUCAAUACUUUUCUCUUCGGUUGUUCUGGACCUCCUCCUUCAAGAGAGAAAGGGCGGAAGGAGGAGAAGGAGGGGGAAAGGGGGACUUAUCGAGGGCAGGUCCUUCAUCUCGGUACACUGUAGAAUGAGAUCAUCGGGUUGGUUGGUUGGUUGGUUGGUUGGUUAGUUUAGAAUCGAUAAUCGAUACGCCCUGGCG